UUGUGAAAGAUGGUGGAUCGCUUGGCAAACAGUGAGGCAAAUACUAGAAGAAUAAGUAUAGUGGAAAACUGCUUUGGAGCAGCUGGUCAACCUCUGACUAUUCCUGGUCGUGUUCUGAUCGGAGAAGGAGUACUAACAAAGCUGUGUAGGAAGAAGCCCAAAGCAAGGCAGUUCUUCCUGUUCAAUGACAUUCUUGUUUACGGUAACAUUGUCAUCCAGAAGAAGAAAUACAAUAAACAGCACAUAAUCCCACUGGAAGACGUUACUAUUGAUUCCAUCCAGGAUGAGGGAGACUUAAGGAACGGGUGGCUUAUCAAGACACCAACAAAAUCUUUUGCGGUUUACGCUGCCACUGCUACAGAGAAGUCUGAGUGGAUGAACCACAUAAAUAAGUGUGUCUCUGAUUUGCUUUCCAAAAGCGGGAAGACUCCUAGCAAUGAACACGCAGCUGUCUGGGUACCAGACUCAGAAGCCACUGUAUGCAUGCGCUGUCAGAAAGCAAAAUUUACGCCUGUCAACCGUCGUCACCACUGUCGCAAGUGCGGCUUUGUUGUGUGCGGGCCUUGCUCUGAAAAGAGGUUUCUUCUCCCGAGCCAGUCUUCCAAACCUGUGCGCAUUUGCGACUUCUGCUAUGACCUUCUUUCUACUGGGGAGAUGACUACUUGUCAGUCCACUAGAUCAGACUCCUACAGCCAGUCACCUAAAUCAUCUUUAAAUGAUGUAUCUGAUGAUGAUGAUGACGAAGACAGUAGUGAUUAAAGACCAAACGUUUUUUCCACGUGUUGCAAUUUGUGUUUUGAACCAUAUGGAGCUGCUUUUAGGGAAGUCUGUAGCGAGGUUCCUCAGAAAAAUCCUGUUCUAGCCAUGAAAUAUGCCUGAAUAUCUCCGACUGCGAUGUGCCUCAAUCUAUGAAUUCUCUAGACAAUAGGUUUUUCACUCCUCUGCAGGGAUAGACUGUUGCAAAUGUUACCAGAGUAUUUUCCAACUUCUUAUACUUGAGUUCUGUCUAGGCUAGACUUUUGUGGAAGAUUGGAGAAUAAAAUGUACUUUCUUAAUUUAAUAACCCAUACUUCCUAAUGUUUCAUAUUGAUAUGUUAUGUGGGUUUUUUCAGAUACGGGGAGGAAAACUGUAAGCAUGCAUGGAACAGUGAUGUUUUGGUUAAUCCCUUAGACCAUCUUGUUUUUUUAACCAUGGUAUGUAAUAAGUUGGAAUGUGACAUAACUUACAAACUUAUAUGUCACAAAAGUUGGAAAUUGUCUUGUUUUGCUCUUAUUUAUGACUUCCUAUGCCAAGCAGUGCCUUGUACCAAUUGUGCUGAUUCAGGAAGAAACAAACCUAUUCUAUGUUGUCUGUAUUUGCCUGAUGCUGGUAUCUGCGAGAUUGUUGGUGCUAUCGAAAAAUAACUGCUGUGUUCAAAGUGGAGCUUUGACAAGGUCAUAACUGUACCCUGCAGUGGUGAUGGAGAUCCGCAUCGCGUGUCCUCACCCGUGCAGGCAGACCCGAAGACUCUGCAGAUUCCCACAGGCUUCAGCGGGGUUCUCCUUGCAGGAGUCGCAUUGCGGGUCAGGAUCUUGAGAUGAGAAGCUUAGGGUGACUCUUCACAGGGAUUUAUAAGUUGGUGGUUUGUUUUUUUUUUUUCUUUUCAGAACAGUUUGAGAGUUUCAAAUUUGGCAAAUGCAUACUGAAGUUUUAGUAAAUAAAUAUAGAUAGCAUUUGGAUGUGGUAGCCUAUAUAUCUUUGGAAAUAAUUCCCAAAAAUGACACUAAAUCGUUCCUUAAAACAUUGGUGAGAGGGUUGGGUUUGUUUUUUCACCAGGAGUUUUAUUGGCUUGGUUAACCUCGUAUUUUGAACAAAAAGCCUGUGAGUAUCCUUAUAAAAUUGGCUUUCCUUUUUACACAGCUGACCUCAGGAUAAAUGUGAGAUGCAAGUUAAUUUCGUUCUAAAUGUACACCCAGGACCAAGAAAGAUGUAUUUAAGAACUGUAAUGAAAUUGUCAGUGCAGAAAAUGUCUCUACCAUAGUAUUCAUUUUUACUUUUAAUAAGUUUUUGAAUACAGAAAUGUCAUGUUCCUAUACAAAUGUAAAAGACUUGCAAAGACAUGUUAAACCCCCAAAUGCUAUGUUUCUAUAUUUUUAUAAUGGUAGUGUCAACUUUGAAGCAGAAAACCCUUUUUGAAAUAGUUGUAUGAAUAUAGUAGCAACUGACUUUAUAGAAAAAAAAUGUUAAACUUUUGUAUCUCUCUAAGUGACAAUUUCUGCACUGUUUGCCUUGUUUGGCAAUAAUUGGGUUAAAUAUUUAUUGAAUAAACAAUCGAUGCUGCAUAUUGCACUAGUCUCCCAUUCUGUAUGCUGUAAAUGUCAGUCAUAAUUGUUUUAUAAAAAUUAGCAGAGCACUUAAGCUGUAGCCCUCUGUGUGAUUUCUGGUCGCUAAAGAUGCACUUAGUAUCUGCAGGGAGGCACUCUACGUUAAUAGACUGCAAUACAUUGCUUCAGGUGAAAAUUGUGUUAAUAUUUUUAGCUUGGGCAAUUUCUAAAAAAAAAAGUCUAGUGGGUUUUUUUUCCUUUCUUUAAAAGCACUGAAGAGUAUUUGAUCUGCUUUGAAAUAAACAUAAAAAGGGGAAAACGCUCUCUGAUGGAGACUAGGGACCAGGAAGAUUGUGUAAAAUUGCCAGAUAAGCAAUAAACACUGGUAUGUACUCAAAGACACUGCUGAAAUACAGAGUUCAUAUACCUAUUCCUUGAAAGAAGAGGGACUGAUGACCUGCAGCGGGGGCACAUGGGCUGUUCUGAAAAGGCACUUUCAGCUAAUAGUGCUGACUCUCUUUUUUACCUCUCUUACUCAAUAUUUAUGUUUCAGGAAUGGAGACUUGUCAGCUUCGGUUUUUCUACAGAAUCAAAGUACAAACCUCCCUUGUACAUACCUUCUAACGACUAACAAUCUUCUUCCUCAUGCAAUUGCUUCUUCUUUCUUAAGCUGUCAAAUAUUAACUGGUCUUGUUAAAGAGUCCAUCUCCUUGUGUGCUUUCCCCCAUGGUUCUGUAUGCUGUGCUUGCUUCUCAGCACUUUCUAGGGGGUGCAAAAAGGGUUGACGAGAGUUAGAUCACAUCCUAUAUUUUGCAGAAUGUUCUUGUACCUACUUCAAAUAUCUUUUUAUCUGUGAAUGAAACUUGCACUGUGCUGCACUGAUCCCUGAAGCUGUAACCAAACCAAUGCGUGGGGGGGAGAUUUU